CCUCGGCUCGGUUCGGCGUCCCGCGCGCUCCGCGCAGUCGCAGUGCAAUUCAGUCAGUACUGUGGCCGGCGCCCGCCGCCGCCGGCCGCGCCCGCGCCGCGGCGAGCACGUCACGUUUACGUUACGUAAUACACGUCACACUCCGCGCACGGCGGCAGGCUAAAAGCAGCUGAUUCUCCGUGUUGUGAGACGCGCUGCGCCGACGCCGGUCGGCCUGUAACCUAUGCGUGUUUCUGACAGUGAACUGGACCGGCGUCAUGCCGUAUGUACCCGCUCGGCAGUGCGUGUGCCGUUAGUGACGGCUGUGAUGAGUGCAGUGACUGACAGCAGCAUGGAGGGCAGUGACCAGGAGGAUGACCCGGCUCCCUGCGAGCCGGUGGACAAGGUGCGCGCCGCGCCCCUCCGCCAAGUAAAACUGGAGACGCCCAAGGACGAACCGGAAACGGGGGUCCAGGACCCAGAGCAGUGCGUGGAGACACACACGGUCUGGAUCAAAGAAGAGACGGAGCUAGGCGAGGAGCAGGAGCUGACGGACCUCUUGUCAGAGACGGCCGUCGAGGGCGCCGAACUGCUUCCAGAGGUGGCCGACGAAGGCAGUUGUGACAUAGGAGAUGCCAGCAUGGACUGUCAGAUGAACGGACUCGCCAAGCAGCCCUUUCCGGACAACGCCAACGACUUCGGCGCCGUGUACAAGCCCGUAUCCGAGGACGAUAACUCUGUCUUCCGCGCGCUGGCGGUGCGGUUGUUCGACGACGAGGAGCAGCACCGGGUGUUGCGACGUUCGGUGGUCAACCACGUCGUCAACAACUGGCCGACCUACAGCCCGCUGACCGCCUUCGCCGACCGGGACGCGUACCGCCGGCACAUGGGACAGGACGGCGCCCGCGGCGGCGCGGCAGAGCUGCGCGCGGCCGGGGAGGCCUUCUACCGCACCGUGGCCGUCGUGCACGACGGCGUGCUCGAGGUGGCCGCCCAGAUGGACGACCCCGACCCCAUCGUCCUACGCAGGACGGGAGCGUCUCCUGCGGAGCACUACGACGCCUGCACCACCCGGCCGCCGGCCGGCUGGAAGGGCGGCGUGGACGACCUCUUGAAGCUCGACUCCCUGAAACAGGCGGAAGAGCGUAGGAAACGGUUAGAACUAGAAGCAGCUGCGCCGAAGUGGAAACGUUCCCCACCUGCUGGGAGAAGCAAGAAGCCCGCCCAGCGUGCACAGUCCGCGGCGGUGUCGCCCCAGGAAGGCGUCGUCAGCCUUGCGGCCUGCAACUUCCCCGAGACCGAACAGGCCGUAUUAGACCCCAACUUCCCUUACCUCAUCAAGCACGAACCGGCCUCCGAGCCCGUCGAGGCGAACCUCCCCGAGCCCGAUCCACAUGAAGUUGAAAUCGCACGGCUGCUUCGAGCGCAACAGGUGCCCGGGACGCAGGAAGAGCUCGAGGGCGUGCUCGCCGCCAUGAAGGGGACGGAGGACGACGAAGUGAACGAAGUGACUGGGACGCCGGCACAGCCCGCUCCAGAUGAGCUAGGCGGCAACGCAGAGGAGGCUGGAAGCACGAGCAGAAAACGACUGGGAACUGCGGCGCAGCGUGAGCAUGGGGUGAGGCAGGACCGCGAUGGAGCUCGCCGAGGGCGCCUCAAACGGAAGGCGGAGGAACCGGCGCAGGCCGAGGAGGAAACACAAGCGACCGUGACGGCGAUCCAGGUGGCAUCGGAUCCCAAAGCCUUUAUCAUCAUCCAAAACGGGCCGGCCUCCGAACACCACGGGGCACAGCUGAACGUGCAACUGGUGAAAGCGAAAGUGGUGGCCGCGGCUCCGGUAGAGUCUGACGUGUUGUCAGAGGACAGCUGUGAUAGUAGUUCCAUCUUUGGAGGAGGAGUCAGUGAUUCUAGGAGCAGCGGCUACCCGGAGCACCCCACCUUGCAUGCCGACGAGUUCGGCGCCGUGUACAAGGCCGUGGGCAGGGACGACAGCUGCGUGUUCCGCGCGCUCGGGGAGGGGUUGUUUGGCGGCGAGGAUCGCCGCCGGGUGGUGCGCCGCGGCGUGGUCAACCACAUCGUCGACAACUGGACGACCUACGCCCCGUUGACCUGCUACCCCGACCAGGACGCGUACCGCCGGCACAUGGAGGAGGACGGCGUCCCCGGCGGCCCUGCGGAGCUGCGCGCGGCCGCGGAGGCCUUCUACCGCACCGUGGGCGUCGUGCACGACGGCGUGCUCGAGGUGGUCGCCCAUUUGAACGACCCCUACGCCGUCGUCCUGCGCCGGACGGGAGAGGCACCAGCCGAGCACUACGACGUCUGCACCACCCUUCCGCCGGCCGGCUGGAAGGGCGGCGUAGACGAUCUCUUGAAGCUCGACUCCCUGAAACAGGCGGCAGAUCGAAGGAAGCUGUUGGGACUAGAGGUUCUUGGGGGAAGCAGUAAACCAUCAGCCGGGCCUCAGAAAAGAGUUGUGAGACAGAAGGAAGAACCGGAAGGGGUAUUCGGCAUAGACCCCAAUCUCCUUGUUGGGGUCGUUGAAACUCCGGAAGAGGGCGCUGCUCGGCUGUUCAGAGAGCGCCGAACCAAACGUCGCCUCGCGUGGCGCUUUCGCGAAGGGGAGGAGACUCGCGAAGAGUACGAGGCCAGAAGGGCAAAGCUCUUAAAAGGCGAGUUGAAGAAGAUGCGCGAACGGGGGAAGAAUGAAACUCUGGAACAGCGCGCGGCUAGGCUGAAGAAACAAUGCGAAUAUGCGCGUCGUAAACGGGGCGCACUGAAGGGACUUGCAGAGCAGGACGAUUCCGACAUCGAGUCAAGUAGUAGGGAAGAGUCUCAGUCUCUGCGCGAGGCUGGCCUGGAGGAGCGACACGCACUGAAUGGGCUUCCAGAGCACGACGAUCAUGACAUCGAGGCAAGUCGCAGGGAAGAGGCUGAGCCAGAGAAGGAACACGACGCUGCGCAGCCUCGGCGACAAGUGUGUGCAGAGCAGGACAUCAGUGAGCGCGAAAGGAGGAAAAGAGAGAGGGCGGUACAGGAAUGGGCAAAGAUAAAGAGCCAGUCUCUGGAGGAGCGCGAGCGCAGGCUGAGGAGGAAACGCGAAAAUGCACGCCGUCGCCGGCUCGAACGGAAAGGGGACACUCCAGAACAGGCAGAGGCGCUGCUGGCGACGGAACGCGCGCGCGCACGCAGAUCGCGGGAGACUAGGCAGAGGGAGAAGCUAGAGCUACUGCGGCGUUUACGUGAAAAAGAGACGGCGGAGGAGCGCGCGGCGAGACUGGCGGCCGACAUCGAAGAGACAGGGAGCUCGAGAGGAUCGGAAAGUCGGUGCGGAAGCACACUUUCAGGGCAGGACGAUUCCGACAGCGACGCGAGUCUUGGGGAAGAAGCUCAGGAUGCUUCGAUGAAGAGAAGACGAGGAAAGGAGAUGACGGAAACACCGGAAGAGCGAGAGGCUAAGCUCAAGAAGAAACGCGAAUAUGCACGUCAAAGAGGAAGGGAUGAAACACCGGAAGAGCGAGAGGCGAAGCUCAAGAAGAAGCGCGAAUACGCACGUCGGCGGCGGAACGCGGUGAAGAGACUUGCAGAGCAGGACGAUUCCGACAACGACGCUAGUCUUAGGGAAGAAGCUCAGGCACGGCGCGAGGCCGUGCUAAAGAAGCAACGCGCCUAUGCGCGCCGCAAGCGACACGAACAGAGUGGAUGCGAGUGUGCAGGCCGGGACGACGACUGCAGGCGGAUGAAGAGAACGAAGUCUCCGGACUUCGGAGAGGGGAGCUCGAGAGGAUCAGAGGCCAGUCUGUGCGGGAGCACACUGACUCAAGAAGAACACGAGGCCACAAGGAAAACGAUUCUUGAACAAGGACGGCAGCGCCGCCUUGAAAGGGAGUCCAAUGAAACUCCGGAGGAGCGAGAGACCAGGCUGACGAGGAAACGCGAAGCUGCACGUCGUCAGCGGCACGCGCUGAAGAGACUUGCGGAGCAGGACGAUUCCGACAUCGACGCAAGUCUUAGGGAAGAAGCGCAGGCACGGCGCGAGGCCGUGCUGAAGAAGCAGCGCGACGCCACGCGCCGUCAGCGACACGCGCUGAAUGGAUGUGCGUGUGCAGGGCAAGACGACGAGUGUGGGCGGAGAAUAAGGACGAAGUCUCCGGAACAGGCUGAGGAGCAAAUCGACAGGAGAUUUAAGGAAACCGUCGGAGAGGAUUGGGCAAGAGUAAGAAGCCAACCUCCGGAACUGCGAGAGCGCAGGCUGUGGAAGAAACGCAACGCCGAACGCCGCCGGCGGCACGCGGCUCUAGGAUGCGAAUGUGCAGAGCUAGACGACAGCGACGAGGAGUGCACGAGGAUGAGCAGGGAUCCUAUCGGACCUGUAUCCAUGAGAAGAGUGAACGAGACUGAACAGCAGCGCGAGCGCAGGCUGAGGAAGAAACGCGAAAGUGCACGCCGUCGGCGACUCGAACUGAAAGGGAGCACGCCGGAGCAGGCGGAGGCCCUGCUGACGAAGGGACGCGAACGCGCGCGCAAGGGACGGGAGACUAUGCGGAGAGAGAGGGAGGCACUACUGCGGCUGCGGGGUUUGCACGGAGAAAAGACUGCGGAGGAGCGCGCGGCGAGACUGGAGGCGGACAUCGGAGACGGGAGCUCGAGGGGAUCGGAAAGUCUGUGCGGAAGCACAUUGAGCAACGAAUGAGACAACCGAGACUACAUGGAGCCGGCCUCAAAGCGGGAGCACAGCACAGAAUGAUCUCCUGCAACCAUGAACCGUCUGCCCGGUGAGGAAGUCGACGCCCCGUACCCUACGGAGUGGGUCCCUGUCACCUGCUGAGGACAAACUACUUAAAGCAGAAACCCGCAAGUGCAAGUGGCCUUUGACCAGUACCAUCAGAAUAUGGCGGCCGUCUCCUUGAAAGAGUGACUAUCCACUCGUCCGGGAUCGAGGGGCCGCGGGAGUCGAUGGACUUGAUGGUGAACCUGACUUUGAUGGCGGAGGAGGGGUGAGGAUACAUCCUGCUCUUCUGACUUUGGCGCUUCUAUGGGGAGAGAGGGGGAGGGAUUUAUGUGAUGCCUGAAUAUAGGCAACAUGCGUGGAGGCUACCCUCUCAACGUCACCCCUCCCCCCUUCCCUCACGUUAGUCGGGCUUGCAACCGCCCCUGUCUCUAAAAUGUAUAAUGGCUGAUGCUGAACCGGAUGCAAAAUGCACCCCCAGUGUGCUGCAAGCUGACAUCGACCUCGGCUAAGGCCUUAUCGGACACAACCGGCUGCUAGUCGUCGUAUACACACAAGGAGACCAUCCCCACCCUUAAAAUUCAGCCCUUUCUUCUGUGGCAAAACAAAUGUACCUCGAUUAUGUGAUUAUUCCUGUGCAGAUUUUAUUUUUGUACAUUAUAUCUAUAGUUUUGUAAAA